GAAUGUUUUUGAUUUUUGUUUGUUCCAACAAAGAAGUGCAGUAUUGUAGUACUAGGAUCCCAAGAGUCCAUGGCAUACCGUAUGGCCACACUCUUGAUGACACAGUUGUCUGUACUGUAGUACUAAGUCUUGUUCCUACUCAGCUACUGGGCAAUGCCUGUGGAUGUGGACAUGCACGUGGCGCGGUGUUGCUCCCUCAGCUAAUCCGUAAUCGCACAGAUUGUUUCCAACAGUGGAGCACAGUCACGGCUGGCAAGAUACAAUUAUUUAGCGCCCUGGGUAUAGCCAUGUAGGGCUGCAGACUCGGAAUGCUAGCUCACAGCUGUAUUCAAGAUUCGAAUUUGAAGAAUUAUACAGGCCAGUACAGUGUAGCCCAACGCAAGUCUCAAAUUUGGAAGACUAUGGGCCGUUCAUCACUUGGAACACUGCGCAGAUGGGCGAUAAUCUCAAUAGUACGCUCUGUAGGCUUCAACCAUCAGCCCCCAGUAAGCCAUACUGCACCAGAUCCAACGUCUUUUCUUGGUCAAGGCCACGCUUGUCUUCAGAGUUUAGUCAGAAUCAUCCUGGUAUUCAGCUGCUUCACUAAUACCAGUGCUCAGAAAUAGUGCUGCCCCCCUUCUCCAAAGGACAAGUGUGAGCAGUCAACAGCAACACAGUCAAGCAAGAUACCACGGAGAGCUCCCGACAUGACAAAAGCAAGAUGAAACACACAAGCAGUAAAGCUGCUCACGGCGGAAGUGGUGGGAAUGCUUGGAUCCAAGGUCCCCAUUAUCAACCGAGUCAGGUGGCGCAUCUCCCUGGAGAUCCACCUCAGGUCUCCGGCAUGGGUAGACACACAGCACCCGGCGGCAGCAGCAGUCAUCCUCCUUUCCCAGGAGUGGAUCCGAAUCAAAUGCAAUGGGUGCACUAUCAGUUUGGCCAGCAGCAGCAGCAACAGGUUCCUGGUGCUGCAUUGAGAGGUCAGUCAAAUUACACUAUAGAUGGUAGUCUCUGUAUCAGUGUGUAACAUGCUUUGGGUUUGAUCACAAACAAGAUGUAUGCUUUGUUUCCACAUCCAUCUCAAUCGAUCUCUUUCAUUGCAACAUUCAAAACAAGAGUGAGUGGUUGCCUGUCCCACUUUUGUAUUUCGUUAUUUGAAAGAAUCAGGUUUUAGCAUAUUAGCACAUGCCAUUUGCAGGCACAGUGGGUUGGUCUAAGACCAUGAUUGAGAAACGAGAGGUACCAGGUUCAAGUCCUGCUUGGAAGCGGAAGGAUUUUUUCCAACCGUGCUGCGACCCACAGUUAAUUGGGAACUCGUGGCCUGGCACGAGUAAAACAUGGAUGUGGCAAAUGAUAUUUAGGCCUUUGGCCUAUGGUUGGUGGAUCUGAUCUAUCCUCCCCCACCGUUUAGGAGCCACAUCUGACGCCUAAUCAUGGGGUGGUGGCGUCCCACGGAAGCGGAAAGGUGGUUCUUGACCAGGGAGUUGUACGACUCCUUGUUCUUGACCUACCCGGUAUGUGAACCCGUCGAAAAAAAGAAGAAAAAAAGCAUAUGCCAUUUGGUGUUAGCUCAUUGUGACUUCAUGCUUACCGCGGCCCGAGCAAGCCACAUCUGUACAAUCUGAAGACUGCUUGUUGUUGUUGUUGUUGUUGUUGUUGUUGUUGUUGUUGUUGUUGUUGUUGUUGUUGUUGUUGUUGUUGUUGUUGUUGUUGUUGUGUUUAUUUUAAUUCUCAAACCAAACGGGCAGAUCUGCCCAAUGAAAAGGUGGCGAAUGCAGAUAGAAAGCAGUAAUUAAUGAAAUUGGGGAGGGAUGUAAUAAGGAUAGAGGUGGAGAAAACUAAGCCAGCUGAUCAUCAAACAGGACGUUUGGUACUCUAGGUACUAAGGGUGUGCGGGAUCAUGCUGGCGCGUAACUGGCGGAGCGUGUCGCGAAGCGAGAUAGUUUAAUUUUGCUAUUUUACAUGUUUUAGUUCAUGUUUCGGCACUGCAGCAAUCUGUAGCUUUCUCUUAGUCUAUAAGGUACAUAUUGUACUGUGAACUCUGUACGGCAAGUUCUGCCACAUGCACAGUUUGUAGCCUCAGACCCUCUAGGUUUACACAGCCAUGCCAGAGCUCGCUUUUUUCCCAACUGCUGCAUACUGCUCUCCCAAAAUAAUGAAGUGUGCGUGCUCCGUACGAUGUUGCACUGCCACGUUCACUUAUCGUAUAAAUUCUCUUUCAGUCCGAGCAAAUAAAUCAGUUAUCAACUCAUCUCCUAACUGUGCACUUGCGGGUUUGUGCCGGUUAGUGACAUGGUGCCGAAACCUGCUUCCUAGUUCCUUGCCACUGCCCCCCAACCGAGCCUUGCUCCUGGUUGACUCGCCCUUUGGGGUUUGAGUUGUGAAAAUGGGCGGCACAAGAUUGCCGACGGCUAUCCAGACGAGCAAGCGUGCUCUCAAGCUCCUGUACGAAGAGCUGCAGGAGGAGACGACAGUUGGCGAAGAUCUGCUAGCAGGAACCAAACCCGUCAACCAGAUAAGUCUGUUUCUUUGUGGUUUAAAGGAAUUGUUGGAAAGAACGGAAGCUAACUUGAAUGAUUUUGUUGAGAAUGUGGAGGAAUAUGAGCCAAAGGGUAAAGACAACAAAGAGAUUAAGAAUGGUUUGGAGGAUGAGGCUCGGUUAUGGACAGAGACACUAGAGAAGGGUUUCAAACUCCAGAGAAAAUUGAGAAAAAUGGAAGUGGCAUCAGGCGUCCAGCCUACAAUGCAGACAGACUCUACCUUGCUUGAGAUUACGAAAUUGAUUGGGACGCAAGCUAACACCCAAGAGUCAACCCAAAAUCUUCUAAAGAGAUUGGUAGAGCGGGAUACUAGACCCAUAGUAGAGCGGGAUACUAUAACCGAAUCGAAGCCCCAGACAACUGCCAGAUUACCCAAAUUGGAGCUAAAGCAUUUUGAUGGGGACAUAAUGGAGUUCCAAGAGUUUUGGAACAUUUUCGAUGCUACUAUUCAUGACAACUCCUCCUUGUCACCAGUUGAAAAAUUGAGCUAUCUCCGUGAAUGUGUGGGAGGGAAAGCACAAGGCGUGCUGAAAGGUUUAAGAAUCUGUAAUGCAAAUUAUGAAGUUGCCCGGGAUCUGCUUGAGAAGAGGUACGGGAGUAAGCAAGCUACGGUGGAUGCCCACUACACCGCUUUAAUGGAGAUGUCAGCCUGCACCUCAAAAAUCGAAAGUUUGAGGUCUUGUGUUGACAAAAUUGAAGUGCACCUCAGGAGCCUUGAAGCACAAGAUGAGGAUGUAUCGCAAAAGGUCUUCAUUACAAUAAUCUUAAAAGCAAGCUCCCGACUGAUGUGAAAUUACAACUUGAGCUCACCAAACAGAACGAUGAAUGGACAAUUAGUGGGUUGCGUUUGGCACUAUCGCACUUACUAAAGGCAAAAGAGAAUGCAGAAGGACCAGCCGCAUGCAAUGGUCAACAAUCAUGGCAACAUGCCAAUCACUCAACGAAGCUGCUAUCAACAGGGCAGUCUCUACUUGCGGGUGCUGGUGUAGCUCGUACUAUCAAAUGUAUGUAUUGUGAUGGAAGCAUUGCUCUGAUGAAUGUCAAAUGUACAAAUCAUUAGAUGAACGGAAAACACGGUUGGGUAUGAAAUGCUACAUCUGUCUGAAUGCGGGACAUAGAGCAAGAGCUUGCAUGAAUGCUAGAACAUGCUACCAUUGCAAACGCAAAUCCCACCACAGAAGUCUGUGUCCACAGAAGUUUAAGUCAAAUGAAGAGCGAACAAAUGAUGGGAAGCAUCAUGGUGAUGGACAAAACAGGCACACACAUUGAACGCAAUGGCAGAGACAUUUGAACCAACACAAGAUCAGGCAAUGGUUUCUCACACACAAGGGCACAGGGUUCUAAUGCAAACUGCUUUGACUACUGCAACAAAUGAGGAAGGCAACAGGUCACAGACUGUAAGGAUCUUGUUUGACACGGGUUCAUCGAGAACAUACGUUAGUGAGAAUGUCAACAAAGCAUUGGGACUCAAACAAGAAGGAAGUGACAGAAUUUCACUUGCAACCUUUGGCGCAACACACAGAUCGGUAAAGGAAUACCCUGUAGUCAAUGUGCACAUCAAGCAGAAGAAUGGUGAAUUAGCUUCCAUACAGGCAAAUGUUAUCAACAACAUUUCAUGUCCACUACAGAAAGUACCUUUGAGCACAGCAAAGCACUCUAGCUUACAGAAGCUUAUCUUAGCAGAGCCUCUAUGCAAUACACCUGAAGCAAUGCCUAUUGAUAUCUUAAUUGGAGCUGACCAAUACUUUCAAUUUGUUGGCAGCGAAAAAUUGGAAUACCCAGAUGGUCUCAUUUUGAUCGAUUCCACUCUUGGGUUUUUGGUGGCAGGCAAGGUGAAAUCGAACGGAAAUGAUGAUCACACACUAAUGUGCCACGAGGCGCUCUCGUUAUUUGCGGCAGAAGCAUGUGCACCGAAAGAAUUCGACUUGGAACGGUUUUGGAAUCUUGAAAAUGUUGGCAUCAGUGAGAAAGAAAUGGAAACGGAGAAUGAUCAAGUCAAAGGUAACCGCACGAAAGUUCCAGGCAUGGGCUGGGAUACCGAGGAUGACGUAAUUUGGGUACCACCGCCAAGGGCAUUUCAUGAGAUCGAAACAAAACGUCAGCUACUGCAAUGUAUUUCGUCAGUAUUCGACCCAAUGGGUGUAGUCAGUCCUGUCACGGUUGAGGCAAAAAUCAUCAUGCAGGAGCUUUGGAAGAGAAAAUUUGGGUGGGAUGAUAUCUUACCAGAUGAUGUACGCAAAGAAUGCCAGAAAUUGUGUGAUUCACUGUUGUCUCUUAGUGGAAUAAAAUUGCCAAGGUUUGUGGGUGCUCGAAACAAUGACGGUUGAACUCCCAAGUAUGAACUACACGUUUUUACUGACGCAUCCGCACAUGCGUAUGGUGCAGCUGCGUACCUACUCACUACCUGUGGCGAUAAUGUUUCAGUCGACCUGAUAUUUAGCAAGAGUCACAUUGCGCCAACCAAACCCACAUCCAUUCCUAGGUUGGAACUCUUUGCUGUAGUACUUGGUACAAAUAUGGUCAAAUUUCUUAGAGAGCAAGUACCAUUCGAGCUCAACAAGACGCACAUAUGGACCGACUCAAAAUGUGCACUAGCAUGGGUAACGGGAAAUCAACAGCGGCCGCAAUUUAUUGCAAGAAGAAUUAGAACCAUUCACGAGGUGAAUAAUGUCAUGUACGGUCAUGUUUCUGGGAAAGAAAAUCCAGCUGAUAUUGUUUCUCGAGGAGCUAAUGCAACGAGUUUACAGCAGAACACCUUGUGGUGGGAGGGUCCAACGUGGUUGAAGUCUGGUUCCUAUCUAGAAAGUUUGUUUCCAGCAAUGCAAGCUACGGAAAGUGAAAGGCCAAUUUGCGAGGAAAAUGCGGACGAAGGUCCCUCUCCCGAAUCGGCCUUUGUUAGCAAUGAACACAAUGAGGUAGUCAGCUGUGAGAAGUUCUCCUCGUUUUCUAAGCUUGUGAGAGUGAAUGCAUGGGUACAACGGUUCAUACGGAAACUCAAACACGAAAAGUCGGAAAGUGAAACGAAUCUCACAGCUGAAGAAAUCGGAAUGUCAAGAGUAGCUUUCAUUCGGUAUCAUCAAGCUCAGCACUUUGGAAAUGAAAUCAAGGCAAUAGAACAAGGCAAGCAACAUCAGCUCGUCGAUGCUUUGGGUCUCUUUCUUGAUAUUGGUUUAAUCCGAUGUAAGGGUAGACUGGAGUAUUCUCACCUACCAUUCGAAAGUAAAUUUCCUCUAUUGCUAGCUUAUGGUUCACACUUAACGAGGUUAAUUGUAAUGGAGCAGCACAUCUCACUUAAACAUUCGGGUGUUAGUCAGACAUUGGCUGAAUUGAGACGGAAUUACUGGGUGCCUAAAGGUCGAGCAAUGGUUAGACGGGUGAUUAAGGAAUGUCUUUUGUGUAAACGCCAUCAUGGAAAGCCAUUUGUAACACCACAAUUUGCACCAUUGCCUGAGGAACGGCUUGUCCCUGGGAGUGUGUUCGAAUCUGUUGGGCUUGAUCACUUUGGGCCAAUGUAUGUGAAAACGGAAACUGAAACAGCUUAAGUGUGGGUAUGCAUCCUCACUUGCCUAACUACCAGAGCUAUUCAUAUGGAAUUAGUUCGCAAUAUGUCUACUGAGAAAUUCCUAAUGUGUUUCAGACGGUUCAUUUCAUGAAGAGGUACACCGAAGUACAUAGUAAGUGAUAAUGCCAAGCAAUUCAAGCUGUCUAAGAAUGUUAUUGAUCUUCUCUGGCUUGAGUCAAUUCAACAUAAUGAUGUAAUGGAAUUCAUUGCGGGAAAAGGUAUUAAAUGGAAAUACAUCACUGAGUUAGCUCCUUGGAUGGGUGGUGUUUAGGAACGCAUGAUUGGUAUUGUGAAACGAUCUCUGAAGAAAUCAAUUGGAACUGAACAGCUUACAUUCUGUCAACUUGAAACUUUGCUAAUUGAGAUUGAGGCAAUUGUCAAUUCUAGACCACUGGUAUACGUUGGUGAGGACUUCACAAUCGAUCAUGUUCUCACGCCUGCCAAUUUCUUAACUGGGCAUAGUUCUCUUGGUCAGCCUAACUUUGUCAUUACAGAUGACCCUGACUACAUCACACAUGUCAGUAAUGCUCAACAACUCGUCAACCUGUGGAAACAGCAGCAGAAAUGUCUCAACAUUUUCUGGGAGAAGUGGUCGGCAGAGUAUUUGCAGACCACAACAACACAGUCAACGAAAUUCCAAUAGCUUCAAGCCAAGUGUCAACUGCAUUGUUCUGAUCAAGGAUGUUGAUCGGCCGCGCAGCUGCUGGAAAAUAGGAAGAAUCGCGCAGCUACACCAAAGCACAGACGGCGAAGUGCGUUCAGUGACGCUACGUAUGCCAUCUGGGACUUCCAUGAACCGGCCGGUAAGCCAUCUCUAUCCGUUAGAGUGUUCAUCAGGCGAAGUAACCACUGUUGAAGUGCCAGAGCCUACAAUUGCGCCACUGCUUGAACGUCCGCGACGCAAUGCAGCAACAGCAGCUACAAUACGCACCCGUGAUCUGAUCAAAGAUGGACAAGUAUAGUAGCCAUAUGAAUUAACUGCAUGUACCUGGUACUUAUGUGAACAGUUGCCAGUGUUCUUGUUUAUGUUUUUCUAAAUUUCAUUAUGAUAGUAAUAUCUACAUUGCUUACGGUUCAGUUAUUGAGUUCCCAUCAUGCAAACCUAGCUCUCGAUUAAUUAAGGUUGUGUUGUGACAUACCGUAAAUACUGUAACAGUAAUGAUGAAACUAG